CACUGUCAGUGUGAAUAGUUGCACUUUUAAACUUACUCUGGCGCGGUUGGCACACAAUUUGAAAUGAAGCGUAUUUGGCGUAUGACAAAUAAUUUGGUGGCGAGAGGUAAAAUUGCCGAUUUUAUGGCAUCACCUGCGAGUUCACUCAAGAUGCCCCAAUCUCUGCGAUUCUCUUCCUUAAAGGAACUGAACGAUGAAGUCAAGAGUUUACACAAAUUAAUCAUGAAGACACCAUCGGCAAGGUUGAUCAUGCCAAUAGCUGAAGCGAUGCCAGCCACAGCGAAAGAUUUCUUGAAAAAAGGUGACCAAGAACAGGCAUAUAUCGCCUUCAAACGCUUCACCCACUUGGCCAUGGACAUUGGUCGGUUGCCAGACGCAGAUCAAGAGGCGUGCAAGACCAUUUUUGACAAUACCAGGGUCAUGAAGUGCGUUAAGCAGGCUGAUGCGCUGGCCGGGAUACUUGAAAGGCGGUAUAAGACCACUGAUAGCGUGGAGAACAAUACGCGCUGUGAACCUACGGAGGUCGAAAUUCGCAGCGAACAGCAGCAAACUGCAAGGAUGGAGUCGGGAGUACAACCGUGGUGUUUUCUUCUCUCUUGCUUAAGUGCUUAUAAACAGCCCGAGCAGGCGGACAAUGAACCACAAGUGUAUCAAAAGACGCCGAGGUUCUCAUCCAUUAAUGAUUUAAACAAUCAAGUUCAGAUAAUGCACAACUUAAUCAUGAGGACAAAACCCCAAAGCAUAAUGGAAAAUGCUGAAAAGAUGCUAGCCAGGGCAGAAGAAUUCUUGAACAGGGGCGACCAUGAACAGGCCUACAUCCAGUUCACGCGCUUCACUCGCCUAGCCAAGGAUAUCAGCCAGUUGCCGGAUGUAGACCAGGAGGUUUGCAAGUCCAUGUUCAACAAAAGUAGUGUUGGAAAGUGCACAAAGAAUGCCAAGAAGCUGAGCAAAAUCCUAGAAAAGCAAUACAAGACUGCCACAGAGGAAAAGCGACAUGUAGGAAAUACAGUGGCAGCAACAGCAAACCCAAGCCAAAAAUAAAAACAUUUUGCAGUUUAUGACUAAUCAUUGUUAAAUAUUAAGUAAAUCAAAUACGCAGUAAUUUAUUUUUGAAAUGUAUUUUAAACGUGUUAAAUUGAUUCCUGUAAGGAAUGGUCAAAGAAUAAAAGUAACAAUCUCAUAA